UGGUCGCCUGGGCGUGGGUGCCUGUGGCCCAGGCAGAGCUCCGGCUGCUGUGCGCUGGCGGAGGUGUGGUCCGUGGCGGGGAUGGGGAUCACGGUGGACGUGCACCAGGUGUACAAGUACCCCUUCGAGCAGGUGGUCGCCAGCUUCCUCCGAAAGUAUCCAAACCCCAUGGAUAAAAAUGUCAUCUCUGUAAAAAUCGUGGAGGAAAAAAUAGAUGAAUCAACAGGAAUCAUCUAUAGAAAGAGGAUUGCAAUCUGCCAGAAUGUGAUUCCAGAAAUUUUAAGAAAGGUGAGCAUUUUAAAGGUCCCUAGUAUCCAGUUAGAAGAGGAAUCGUGGCUCAACCCUCAGGGAAGAAACAUGGCUAUUCAGAGUCACUGCCUUACGUGGACACAGUAUGCAUCCAUGAAGGAGGAGUCUGUCUUCCGGGAAAGUGUGGAAAAUCCAAAUUGGACAGAAUUCAUUCAGAGAGGCAGGAUUUCAAUCACAGGGGCUGGAUUUCUCAACUGUAUUUUGGAAACUUUUGCUGGCACAUUCUUAAGACAGGGGGCACAGAAGGGAAUUAGAAUAAUGGAGAUGCUGCUAAAGGAACAGUGUGGUGCCCCCUUAGCUGAAUAAGGAAUCAUCAGGGAGCCGUGUCCAAGUGGGCUUCUUUCCAAUAAUAACUUCUUGGCCACAACACAUCGUAGGCACAGUUCCUGGAAUACAGGUUUGAGGAUACAGUAUU